UCCCACCUAAUCCAUCAUCUCCCUCAUCUUAUCACUUGGAUCUUUCCAGAAAAAAUUCGAUUCCGAGAGAGAGAGAGAGAAUGGAGUUCACGGCAGAGCAGCUUAGCCAGUACAACGGGACCGACUCAUCGAAGCCGAUCUACGUGGCGAUCAAGGGCCGAGUAUUCGACGUCACCACCGGCAAAUCCUUCUACGGCGUAGGAGGCGAUUACGCGAUGUUCGCGGGAAAAGACGCGAGCAGAGCUCUGGGGAAGAUGAGCAAGAACGAAGAAGACGUGUCUCCUUCUCUCGAAGGUCUCACCGAGAAAGAGAUGACCACUCUUAAUGAUUGGGAGAAGAAGUUUGAAGCCAAGUAUCCCGUCGUUGGCCGCGUUAUCUCCUAAGCUCAAUCAUAUCCUUCCGAUCUCUCGUGUGAGGAUCUGUGUGUGUUUGUGUUUGAUAUGAUCGUUUGAUGACGAUUGGAAAUCUAAUAAUGUAAUAAAUUGGUGUUUCUUACUCUUUUAAUCCUUGUAUUACUGAUUUUAGUUUUGUGAUUGCUCUCUCUACGGAUA